AAUUUUUUAUUUUUUAAAGAAAAACGCAAUUAGAGUUAAAUAUUAAAAAUUUUAAUUAAUUCUUUAUUUUAAAAUUUUUACUAAUUAUUUUUUAAAUUAAGUAAUUAUUUAUAAUUAAUUUGAUUUUUCCUAUAGAAAAAUAAUUUGGUUUAAGAAUAAAUUUUAAUUUAAGAAAAAAAUAAAUUUUAAAAUUUAAUUUAAUACUUAAAAUUUUUUGGUUAAAUCUGCGUGAUUUUGAGAGAUUUCGAUUAUUAAUCAAUUUAAUAAAAUUGUCAAGUGAGUGAUUAUUGCAUUAUUUUUUUUUUUCAAAAAGAAAACAAGAAGUAAACGUGAUUUUUUAAAAAGAGAAUAAUAAAAGCAAAAUCUGACAUUUUAAAAGACAAAAAUUGACAAAAACAAAUCAAAAAGAGAAAUUACUUGAAUAUUUUCUAAAUAAAUAAUUAAAAAGAACAAAAAAAAAGUAAAAGUUAUAGAAGAAGAGAAAAAAAAAGUUAUUAAUUUAAAUAAUUAUUUUUUUAAUUUAAAUACACUAACGUUACAAAUCUGGAUAACUCAAAUAGAAAUAAUAAUAUAAAUAAAAAUUUAAUAAGUGAUUUAAAGACGAAACAAUUUUUAAAAAUUUAUAAAGAAGCAAAUAGACCAAAUCAAGAACAAGACGAUAAUUAUCAAAAAAUAAAAAUGAGUAUUUUUGAAGAUUCUGAAAAUCAACCAAGAGAUUUGGAUGAGAAACCAUUAAAAGAAUGGCGUGCAAUAUUUGAAUCUGGCGGUUUAGCAACAAGUCAUGUUAUAAAUUUUUUUAAAUAUGCAGCACCAAAUUAUUUUCAAUUAGAAGAAUCAAAUGAUUUUGUAAAAACCACAUUCAAUGAAAGAUGCGCUCGUACUGGUAUUAUCGAUGUAUUAGAAGAAUUCAUAUUAGGUGAUAAUCCACAAAAAAUAUUAGAGAAAUUAAAAGAAGAAGGUAAUGCAUCAUCAGUAUGUGGAAGAGUAUUUAAAGUUGGUGAACCAACUUAUACAUGUAGAGAAUGUGGUAUGGAUACAACAUGUGUAUUAUGUGUUAAUUGUUUUAAACAAUCAGCACAUCGUUUUCAUAAAUAUAAAAUGUCUCAUUCUGGUGGUGGUGGUUGCUGUGAUUGUGGUGAUGAAGAAGCAUGGAAAAAAGAUUAUUAUUGUGAAGAACAUGCGAAGGGUAAAGAAUCCGAAAGUAGUGACAGUACACUAAUAACUAGUCGAAUGAAAGAGCGAUGUGAAAUCGCAUUCCGUGCCAUUCUAAUGUAUUCAAUACAAUUUCUAGAAAUUGAAUCUCAUGCAAGUUUAGUAUGUUUGGAUGAUGAUCAAAGUCAAGAUGUAUUUUGUACAAUUUUAUAUAAUGAUGAAAGUCACACUUUUGAACAGGUUAUAUCAACACUUGUCAAAUAUGUGAAUAUAGAUCAAAAAGAUGCUAUGGAAAUUGUUACAAGUAUUGAUAGAGAAGGUCGUGCUGUUGUUAAAUGUGGUACAUUUGAUGCUUGUAAAACAUUAAAAGAGGCUAUUGAAAAACAACAUUUACCAAUGUCAACUGGUAUGGCAAAAGCACCACUUAAAGUAUCACUUUUACAUAAAAAAGCAUAUUCAUGUCAACAAUUUGCGUUGCAAUUAUUAACAUGGUUCCAAGAUUUUCUUACACGUCACAAAACGUUUCGGGAAAUUUUUGCAGCAGUUGCAAAUGAUAAACGCGCCCGUCCAUAUAAUAUUGCUCAUAUAUUAGAAUAUGAUUGCAAAUUAUGGAAAACAGCUCGUAGCUGCUGGCAUAGACUUUUAAUAUCUGGAAUGUUAAUGGAAUAUGAAAAUAAAAAAAUUUUGGCUAUUGAAUUUUCACGUCAUUAUGCAACAAUAUUUCAAGAUUUUAUUCUUGAUGAUCAUGAUCAUUCAUUUUCAAUAGUAUCUUUAAGUGUUCAAUUGUUUACAGUACCAACGAUUGCACAUUAUUUAAUGGCAAAUGAAGGCGUAUUUCAUAAAUUAUUGCAUACAUUUUAUUGGGAGUGUAUUGAGAAAAAUGUUGAAGAGAAAACAUUAAAAUUGGCUAGAAAUACCGCAAAUAUGAAUAAAUUUAAAAGAGCAUCAUUUAUGUUAUAUGACUUAAAAUACAUAUUAAGUUUUAAGCCAGAUAUUUGGACACCAGAUAUUCGUGAAGGAUUCCUAGAAGGUGUUAAAGUAUUAUUAAAAUUAUUACAUGUAAUGCAAGGUAUGGAUGCUAUAACACGUCAAACUGGUCAACAUAUGGAUUAUGAACCAGAAUGGGAAUCAGCUUUCAAUUUACAUAUUAAAUUGGCAAGUGUUAUUUCUUUAGUAUUAGAAUGGUUGAGUGCAGAUCAGGAGUCUUUAGUUAAAGCAUAUGGAAUGAUAAUGAAGUUGCUUUUAGAGAAUAAAUUCAUUAUUAGUGAAGCUGUUUAUGAAGAACAAAAAGUAGCUGGACAUGCUGCACAAUGUAUUAUGUAUGAUGUAGCAUCAAAAAAUGUCUCAAUUCACUUACCCUUAUCAAGAUUCUUUUCUGGAUUGUAUUUAUUGUUAGGACAAUAUGGAUUAAAUUUUGAUAAUGUAACGGCGUCAGCCAAACGUACUCCUGAAGAAAUAAUGGAACCAAUUUUAUGUGCUCAAACAAUGAUUGCACAAGUACAUUCUGGAAUGUGGCGUCGUAAUGGUUAUUCAUUAUUACAUCAACUUUAUUUCUAUCGUAAUGUUCGUUGUCGUUUGGAGAUGCUAGAUCGUGAUAUUGCUGGCUUGCAAAUAGGUGCUGCUUUAAUAGAAAGCAAUCAGUAUUUGAUUCAUAUAUUAAAUAAAUUUGGUUUAAUUGCUUGGGCUCAACCUGAAUUUGAACCAAAUGAUACAAAUACAAAUGAUGAUGAUUUCAUUAGGCUUUUGAAUAUGAUCGAUGAAUUUUUAGAAUUACUAAUUGUCAUUAUUGGUGAGCGCUAUGUUCCUGGUAUUGCAAAUGUAACUGAAGAUGAUCGGACAAAAAAAGAAAUUAUCCAACAGUUAUGCAUUAAAAAAUAUUCUCAUUCUGAAUUAAAUCGUCAGUUACCGGACUCGAAUAAUGAAACUGUAUUGGAAGAUGUAAUUGAUUCAAUUGCCAUUUUCCAAAAACCCACAAAUCCUGAAACAAAAGGAGUUUAUAAAUUAAAGGAAGAGUUUUACGAGGAUUAUAAUAUGUUCUUUUACCAUUAUACAAAGGAAGAGAAAUCUAGAUCAGAAGAAACACAACGAUUGAGAAGAAAGCAAAAAGGAGAGCUUGUUUGUUGUCCCCCACCAAAAUUACCGAAGUUAUGUGAUGGCUUUGUCUCUAUUGCUAAUUUGUUACAAAGUGAUGUAAUGCUCUCAUUAAUGCAAAUUGUUUUAAGUCGUGGUCUAGACCUGAAAGCAAGAAGUUUUACUGAAAGUCAUUUGCAAAAGAUUCUUUAUCUAAUUGGAUACGGUUUAUUAGAAGAACAGUCACAAAAUUAUCCUUUUCUUUCUUUCUACGAGAGAGCUUCAAAAUAUGAAAUAUUGCAGUUACUUGAAAAAUUAGUUCAUAGUCCCAGAGUUGAAGCUCAUCGUGAUUUCAUUAUUUGGACCAUCAAAAAAUUCAAAGAACUGCAGCCAAAAGAAAAUAAAACUGAAAACGAAAAUAACGAGCAAAUGGAAUCUGAAGAUUCCAGCAUUAAUCAGCCAAUGACAGCUGCUGAAACGGAAAAGCAAGAGAAGGAAGAAAGAGCUCGCUUAGCUGCAAAACGUCGAGCAAAAAUCAUGGCACAAAUGCAAAAUGCACAAAAAAAUUUCAUGAAAUCGAAUGCUGAAUUAUUUGCAACAACGUCAACAUCAGAAAGUGAUCCUAUGGAUUGUGAAUUCAAUAGUAUUCCAAACUUAGAAAACAGCAACGAUGCUGAAAUGCUAAACUUACAAGCUUCAGUAUCUUCUACUGCAUGUUUAGGAGUUAAUAGAAAAUUAGGACAACCUGAAGAACAAAAAUUCAAAUGUAUUUUAUGUUUUGAAGAUUGUGUUGUUAGUAAAGAAAAUCCAUGUUUAGUUUAUUCAGCCUUCAUACAGAAAUCUAGAGUAUUAUCUAAUAUAGGUUAUAUAGAAAAUAAAGAUAACAAUAUUUCAAAGCAACCAGGACGUUCUGACGAUAGCAGUAACGUCGGGGGCAGCAGCAGCAGUGGUAGUAAUAAUACUUACGGGUCAAAUUCUGUUGAUGAUACAUCACCUCACACAGGAACUUGUGGGCAUGUAAUGCAUGCAUCAUGUUGGAAUCAAUAUUAUGAAAAUGAAGUAUCAAAAGAAAAUCGUAGACCUAAUCGUACAAGGUCCCCAAACAAUUUAAUAAUGGAUAAAAAAGAAUUUUUAUGUCCAUAUUGCCGUUGCUUAUCUAACGCCAUUAUUCCUUUGACCCCACCAAUGCAACAAUUUUAUGAGCCAAAAAUACUACGUAAUGAUCGUGAUAUUUUAACCUUCGGAAAAUGGAUUGAAAUUAUGCAAACAUAUGUAAGUGAAUUGAAUGCAAUGGAAAAAAAAUAUUUUACAGAAAAUAGAGAGUUUAUUGACAUUGAUGAAAUACUGAAGAAGUGUAAUGUUAGUGUCGAAGAGUGGCAGACAAAAUGUUUCUCACCAGUAAAAAAAUCUGAAAUAACUCCGCAAUGGGAAUUCUUUACUGAAACAUUUAUGACAUCCAUACAAAGAGUAUCCCCAUUCCCACAUGCUUCUGAAGAAUGUGAACGUUAUUUAGUAACAUGGAAUUCAUGCGCUUAUACCAUAAGAUCGUUAGAAAUGUAUUUACGUGCCAUAAAUAAACCAUUUAAAAUUGAAGAAAUGUCUAUACGACAUAAGAGUGUGUUAGACGGUUUAGUGCGUGUAUGUGGUAUGCUUGGAGCUAUAUUAACUAGUGCAGACAAAUUAUUAAUACAUUUAAGAGGUUUAUGGGAAACUGCUCUGAAAUCGGCUGGACCUUCAGUUCUAGAGUGGGAUCCAUUUAGCUUAAUGACAAAUUUAAUAUUUAUGUCAUCAUCUGUGAUGUAUAGUUAUCAGGAUUCGUACGUGAUUCCAAGUGGAAACUUCUUUGAAUAUUAUUGUUUAAAAUUAAUGUUUGCGGCAAAUUUAGCUAAAGCUUUAAUAUUAUUUGAUGAGGAUUCAAUGGAUGAUGAUAUGGAUUUAGAUUAUGUUGACGAUGAACCAAAAAUCAAUUUGACACAAGAUCAAAUUCAUAACAUAACAAGAAUAUAUAAAAAAUACAAUUUAAAAUAUCGUCACAUACUUGCUCAACAAGAAGAAAAACGUGAGAAACCUAAUUCAGUUAUCGAAAAAGACGAAGAAUCCCAAGAUAAGGAUAUGAUGAGUCCAAUUCCGGUCGAAGAAGCGCAAAUUAUAAAUUCAGAGUUAACAGAAAAAACAUGUAAACGUUUAAUUGAAUUCAUGAAACAAGAAAGUGAUACAUUUUUACGUUGCUCCGUAUUAUUAUUUCAUUUUAUGACUGAUGUUGAAUUUCCAGAAGAAUUUUCUGAUUUAAUGACAAAUCAAUAUGAUAUUAUGUGCAAAUAUUUAGGUUUAGAUCCUUCUAUUGAAAAUUAUUUUAAAACUGAUUGUGAUUCAAUGCAAGCUUUAGAAAGUUUUUGUAUGCAUCCAGAUAUAAUUCAUUAUGAUACACAAACUGGAACAAAACGUAAUGGCAAUAAUUUCGAAAUCAUACCAUGUAAUACACCAAUAAGUCAGCUAGUUGAUUUACCAGAUGAUUAUAGUGAUUUAAUAAAUAGUAUAUUAGAUUAUACUUGCCCAAAUAAUGAUAAAGAAGAUACAAAAUAUCCAACAAUGUGUUUAGUAUGUGGUAAAAUUAUGUGCGGUCAAUCAUAUUGUUGUCAGCCAGAAAUACAACCAAAACAACCAGUUGGUGCAUGCACUUAUCAUGCAUAUCACUGUGGCGCGGGUAUUGGUUUAUUUUUAAGAAUACGUGAUUGUCAAAUUUUAUAUUUGGGUGUUAAUAAGGGCUGUUUUAUACCACCACCUUAUUUAGAUGAAUAUGGUGAAACAGAUCAAGGUUUAAGACGUGGUAAUCCUCUAAGAUUAUGUCGUGAACGUUAUAAGAAAUUACAUUUAACUUGGCUUGGACAUGGUUUACAUGAAGAGGUAUCAAGAUUAAAUGAAAUAACUAAUGCUUCUGCUGCAGCCCAAUGGCAGCACAUGUAGUUAUUGUGGUUUAAAUAUUAUAAAAUACUAUUUGCUACAUGAAGAACAGUAGAACUUAGUUAUAUUGAAUUUAAGAUACUUAAUUGAUAUUAAACAAGAAUAAGAUACUAAAAAAAAAAAAACAAA